GCACCAAGCCUAUCAACUUCUCAAGUGGCCGUCCCGGUCCCUCCAUCCUCUCUCCAAAUUGCUGUGGCGGCCGGCGGUCGCCCAGAGUUCGAGGCCAUGAUCAAGUCUUCCAAGCCGGCGUCCUUCAGCAGCGGCAUCAUGCUCUCCAGGAGCGAAGCGCAGCGUCAGAAGGGCGAUGAGCUGCGGAUGCGCGCAGCGGGUAUCGACCCCACAAAGGUGGACGAGCAGUGGGCCGGAGAGGUAAUGUCGAGGAGGCAGAAGAAAGAAGCUAAGGUAGAUGAGGAGCAGGAGAGAGAAAAGAAAGAGGCAUCCGAUCUUCCGAUGGAGAAAAGUGAGGUUGUUGGAAAGAAGCCCGAUGGGCGGCUGAAGUGGCUGCACAAGGCGCUUGUCCUCGCCUCCAAGGGCCGAAUCCCUGCUCCAGCCAUCUACGACAUCGUGCAAUCCUCGAAGUUCACGCAAGGCGUCGGCUCCAAGGUGGGCAUGCAGAUGAAGGGCCUCGUGCUGGCCAACCUCCAUCUCUUCAAGAAGGAGCAGCAGAAGAGCCUGCAAAACGGAAGGCUGAUGGACUUCUCUGGUGCCGGUGGCAGCGAGUCACGAAGUCCUUCGCCAAAGAAGCGAAAGAAGGAGAAGGAUCGCUCGGAUGAAGAGGACAGGGAGCGGGACGAGGCUAAACCCAAGAAAAGUAAGAAGGACAAGGACAAGGCCAAGGAUGUGGAAGAUGGCCAUUUCGACAAGAGCGAGGUGGCCAGCAAGAAGCCCUCCAGCCGACUGCGGUGGUUGCACGAG